AAUGACAGGCAUAAAAGAAAACCAUAUUCAGGACAUUCCCUUUCUUGAGCAAAACUGCAAUUUGCAAAAUCAUCGGUGACAGGUAAUGGUGACUGGUGAUUCAUUCCUGGUGAUGUCUUGGGCCAAAUUCCAGAAGCCAAUGUAUAUUCAGAAGGAGCAGGGAGAAGAUCUGCAUGUAUGACUUCACCCAGAAGCCCUGGCAUAUAAACAAGAGGUGAGUUGUCAGUUUCACCCAAUUCCAGGCCUAGCACUUUCCAAACAGACUGAGACCAUGGCAGUCUUCCAUGACAUGCUGCUGCAGCCACUGGGGAUGUUUCUGUGCCUCAGUCUGCAGCUUUCUUCUGCCAUCUUUAUAAGGUACAGUAGCACCUGCUUCACCUUUGAUGAAUACUACACCGUAACCCUAGACAUCAAGGCCAGUUCACAUAUCUACGAAAGCAAUGCAGUCUAUUCUGUAUUUGUUCCCGUGAAUGACAGCGUCUAUGCUGUGGUCAUGAAAACCUUGGACGAGAACAGUGACUCAGCGGGCCUCUGGCAAAGAGCGGAUAAAAAUUGCUACAGCAACUCCACGUAUUACGUGAAAGAUCAAUACAUGACGGUCUUAGAGGCACAGUGGCAAGCUCCUGAACCUGAGAACAUAACUGAAGUGGAGAUACAAGCUUUCACUGUCCAGAUCAGAGCGCUGCCUAUACUUUCUACUCUGAAGCUAAGAGAAAAACUGUCAACCUUAGCCUUAGCUGCCAAGAUUCCCCAGAGCUCAGCCUUCAAGCCUUUCUUCAUGAUUACGCCCAAGAGUAUCAGACUCGAAGGCUUGGCCAACCAAGUCUUCAGCAGCCCCAUCACAGAUGCCAUUUAUAUCCUGCUUGCUUUUCUCACCAGCACACUUCUCUUCUAAAGGGAAGCCAGGGAAACAAUUGUUUCUGCCUCCACUGCAUUCUCCUACAUUCAGUUCCAAGCUAGUGCUGGGA